UUUAACCAGCCUGACACAUACACAUUUUCUUAGCUCAGUCACAUUUUAAACUUGUAGACAAACACGUGCAAACUUCAUAAAUACAUACCUUACUAAUUUUAAGUCAAAAUUUCAAGUUAAAAGUUUUCGUCACAAUUUUUUACAAAUUCACUAGAAAAUUUUGUUACACAAAUUUCUCACAACAUGAUCUCACAAAUCUGCGUCGUAAAUCUGGAUUACGAGAACACUCCAGCCGGACGAGGUUGGUUGGUCACGAUCGACGGUUUGGACCACAUGCAAGUGAAGCAUUUCCAGGACUACGUGACCUCCAAGGCGUGGGAGACGGAUGUCAUCAUCUGCACCACGCUCACCAUCGGGCCGGGCGAGGAGCCAAAGUUUCUGGGUGGGGACUUUCUUAGUUAUGACGCCAUUCAGCCAAAGAUUGACUCUUAUUUCGAAAUUUUGGACUUUCUUGGAUUUAAGCUGAUCGGAGUGAACACGACGUCCCACCCGGAGAAGGGGAAGCGGUCCACGUGGACGAUGAAACACGUGGCGAUUUAUAAUGCAGACUUGAUAUAGAAGAAUAUACAUGUAGCUCGAGCUAAAUAAGUAGGAUUUUUUCGUCCCUAAAUACAUUGAUUUCCACAUUAGUAAAUAUGUAGUACAUUCAAAAUAAUUUGGUAAUAAAAUCAUUCAAACUCGGGUAAUAAAUAUUUCUACUUUCCCCCAA